UCUGUUCUCUCUGUUCUCUCUUUCCAACCAAACUUCCAGAAUAAACAACGUUGGAGAUUCAGAAGCCCCAAAAACAUGGAAAAACUCUCGCAUUUUGAUCUCAACACUGGAGCAACCAUUCCGGCUGUCGGCCUCGGAACAUGGAAAGCCCCUCCCGGCGAGGUCGGAGAAGCUGUCAAAACCGCUGUCAAGGCUGGUUAUAGGCAUAUUGAUUGUGCUCAUGUCUACGACAAUGAAAAAGAGGUAGGAGCAGCAUUUAAGGAGCUGUUUUCAACGGGCGUAGUCCAGCGAAGUGAGAUAUUCAUCACUUCUAAACUCUGGUGCAGCGAUCAAGCACCUGAAGAUGUCUGCAAAGCAUUGAGCAAAAGCUUAGAAAAUCUUCAACUUGAUUACAUCGAUCUCUAUCUUGUACAUUGGCCAUUCAGGACGAAACCCGGGUCGAGAGGGUUCGCUCCUGAGGUCAUGGCGCCGUUGUGCAUUGCGGAAACGUGGAACGCGAUGGAGGGAUUGUAUGCAUCUGGGCAAGCAAGAGCCAUUGGUGUAAGCAACUUCUCAACAAAAAAGCUUCAAGAUUUGCUCAAAACUGCAAAAGUUCCACCGGCUGUUAACCAAGUUGAAUGCCACCCAGUUUGGCAGCAGCCUGCACUUCACAACCUCUGCAAAUCCACCGGCGUUCAUCUUUCGGCAUAUUCUCCAUUGGGAUCUCCAGGGAGCUGGGUGAAGGGUGAAAUCUUGAAGGAGCCAAUUCUCAUAGAAAUUUCAGAGAAGCUGAACAAGUCACCGGCGCAGGUGGCCCUCCGAUGGGGCAUCCAAAGUGGCCACAGUGUUCUUCCAAAGAGCGUAAAUGAAUCAAGGAUUGUUGAAAACCUUAGCUUAUUUGAUUGGUCCAUUCCCCCUGAGCUCUUCUCAAAAUUCUCACAAAUUCAUCAGCAACGUCUUCUUCGCGGGGAUUUUGCAGUCCAUGAAACUCAAAGCCCUUAUAAAAGCCUUGAAGAGCUUUGGGAUGGUGAGAUAUGAUAUCCAUAUCCAUAUGAAUUUGAUAACAACACUUUGAAUUUGUGAUAAACAUCGAUUUGGUCAUUCUUUUAGGACGCCAUUUCAUAUUAAUUCCGAGAUUGUUUUGUAAUAAUUUAUGUUGUUUUCUUUUUUAACAUUUUAAGUUCUUAGUCGU